AGAGAAGGAAAGAAGGGGAGAGAGAGGGACAGCAGAGAGCUCAAGCACAAAGAAAGAAGAAAGAAGAGAAAAGAAGAAACGGGGUUUUGUGCGUUCUCGCAAUGGGAGCCUCGCCAAGCCACCUUAACUCCAUAACGCAACUCCCGGAUCGCGAGUUCAACGAAUCGAAUGACGCUUGUUAUUUGAUCAUAACUAUUCCAAGGUAUAUUUCCUUUGACACCCUCUCCUAUUUUCAAUUGCAAACACAAUUCUUGGUGAAAGAACUAGAAGUCAGCAGACGUAGCACGCAUGUGAGCAGAAUUCGUAGUAGCAAGAUCUUUCGUUACUUUCUUGUGUUUUAGGUAAAGUGGUGCGCGCGCGGGGCCCCUCCUCUCUGUCUCCCUCUCUCUGUCUCCACCCCUUUUACUUGCCUGAACACUCGACUGCCAUUCCCUGAAGCAAAAGCCCCACUAAUAUUUAAUGUCUCCAACGCUUGCAUAUGCGUCUUGAGGAAUUAAAGUUCCAUCUCGACUCAUACACAUACCUUUGAUUCCGCCUGGAGUUUCUCCAUUUCUUUGGGGCUUACAUUCUUUCCACAAUGGAUCCGGGCGAUAACGACAACCAUCAAUCUCCAGAGUGGGUCGUCAAUAUGAAGAAUCUCCUCGACGGAGGGCUCGCUCUUGAUGCGAAGAGUCCAUGGAUCAUCGGCAAAGUCCCUUAUAAGUGGCGUUGUGUUCGUGAUACCGCAUUCUAUAGCGAAAUGGUAUUUAUCGGUCCCCUCAACCGGAGGCUUGGACAAGAGCUCCAGGGGCUUCGACAUGAGCUCAAGAUACGGUUUCUAAUCCGCCUUCUGGGAGGCAAGUUGGAGCGGAGGGGAAGGGACGGAGAUGUGUCGAGGACAACCGAGGGGCAGAGAGCGUCCGAUGGCUGCGAACGUGAUGAACACGAUGAGGGCGGUCGGAUGGUGAAAGCCAUGCUUUUGGAUGACCUUGCGGAAGCCAUGCAGAUAUUGGAGCAAAAAACGAGGGCCUGCUAUUCCGAGAGUUUUGAUGACCUAAGCAGCGUGGAAUUCGUGGAGAUGAUGGUGGUCGAUGGUUGCUUCGUGGUUGAACUAUUGCGCCUUUACCACCAGCGUUUCAACCCCCAGUCACCUGGGGUGGCAACUGAGUACGAUCCGAUUUUCUCCAACCCCCUGACUCUAACAGCCCUUCGACGCGACCUCGUACAGUUUGAGAACCAACUACCUUUCUUCAUUCUUGAGAAACUGUACGAGCUAAUCAACAAGAAGAACAAGAUUGAUCAUCAACACGCUGUGCCGCUGGAAGUACUCGCGGUCACCUUCUUCGACCCGCUGUUACCCCAGCACAAUGCUGCAUCUAAGUUGGAUACCAACAAACCCAAGGCUCAUCUGCUCGAUGUUUUCCGCUCUUCCUUCCUCAAUAGUGAGAAAGUCCUCAAGAAGGGAAAGAGUCAAAUCAAGUCGCGGUUGAAUCCCAAUGGCAGUAUUAGGGGCGUUGUCCGACACUUCACAUCGGAGCUCCAAGAGGCGGGCAUGCAAUUCAAGAAGUGGAAGGGCCACGACUUACUGGACAUCGAGUUCGAUCACAACACCCUACGGGUCCCUCAGUUGUCCAUCAACGACAAUACAAUCUCUCUCCUUUUGAAUUUCGUGGCGUAUGAAAUGAGCAUCGAACACCCCGAGCCCUUCUUCACGAAUUAUGUAAUGUUCUGGGACAGUUUGGUCAAUAGCCCCAGGGACAUUCAGAUUUUCCGCAAGCACGGGAUCAUCAAUCACCUGGGAAGCGAAAAGGAGGUGGUGGAACUGUUUAUGAGGUGUAGAGAGGUCAUUUACGAUCUCGAUCUGGGCUACUUGUACAACGAAAUCAAGGAGGUGAAUGAGUAUUGCGAGCAGUACUGCGAAAGCAAGUACAGCUUCUGGUGGAGAAGCCUCAUCCGCGAACGUUUCAGUAGUCCAUGGACAUGCCUCUCUCUCUUUGCUGCCAUUAUCCUCUUGCUGCUUACCCUCCUCGAGACGUUUUACACCGUGUACGCUUACUAUCGGCCGCUUUAAGCUUUGUGCCUGUCAUUCUAUGACAGCAGGUAUUAUUAGCUAAUGGCUUUUUAGCAUUUGAUGUCCUGUAUUUGUCUCCGUCUUGGUUGCGUAGUGGCUUUACUUGAUGGAAAUUGUAUUGUCGCUAAAUUUGAAAAUUUCAGAUUGUUGUGGUGUCAAAUUCAAUUUGGAACUUUUUCUUGUGCAUAA